AUGGAAAAGAAAUGUUUUUUAUUUAAUUUAUUUUUUAUUUUAAUUUCAAUAUUUUCAAAUAUUUUUGUCAAUGCAAAAACUAAAAAAAUAAAUAAUAAUCAAAAUAAUCAUUUACAUCACCAAUUAAAACCUCCCCCGAGACAUGCCAACCUUUUAAUUGACGACCAUUUAAAAGGAGGUAAAGGUCCUUAUAAAGGAUUGCUUAAAGAUAUUCGAGAUGGACAUCCAGACAGAGCUUUGCCCGAACUUUUAAAUUUGGCAACAUUUCAUGAUACGGAAAUAAAUGCUUUAAUUGAUAGAAUGGGGGAUGCUGAAGCUAGUAUUCACUUAUUGACAGUGAAUCAAGAACAGGGAGGUGGUAGUGGACAAUAUGAUAAUCAGCAAGAUUUGACUGAUAUUUAUAAUGAAGUUGAGAACAUUAAACAACAAGUUGAGGACACAACUAAUCGUGUAGAAAUUUUGGAGUCAAAUAGUGGGGAUAUAAAUAAUAAUGAUAAUACAGAUAAAAUAGAGCAAUUGGAAGAAAAAUUUGAAAAUUUGAGUCAAACUGUGCAAGAUCAAGAGCAAAAAACUUUGCAAAUAGAAGAGGAUUUGCGUAGAAUGGAUGAAGGAAAUUCUAAUACAUUUCCCUCUACAUUUCCCUCAACCUCCCAAAAUGAAAAUAGGGGAGAUUUGUCUGCACAAAUAAAUAAUUUGGAAAGAAAAAUGAAUAAAAUUGAGCAUUCUAUGGGGAAUAUUGGACAAAUAAGGAAUGGGGACCGAGAUUUUAAUACAAAAAUAGAAAAAAAUAUGAGAGAAAUAAAUGAAUUAAAAAGCCAAAUACGCAAUUUUGGAAAUAAAAUUGAAAAUAAUAAUCAAAAUAAUCAUCGAGGACCCAACAACAAUGAAAAUGGAAAUAGAAAAAUUGAGAUGUUAGAAAAUAAUUUAAAAACUCAAAACCAAAAAAUUGAAGAAAUUGGAAGGGAAAUGCGAUCAAAACAAAUGCAUAAUAAUAAUGAUAAUCAAGUUGAGACAAUGAAACGGACAAUUGAACAAAUUAAAAGAGAAAUGAAAGAAAAUGAAGUGAGUUUAAGAGAUUUAAUAAAAAAAAUUAGUGGAACCGGGUGGGCCGUCUUGCCAGGAUGGGUUCUCUCUUAUUUUAAAAGCAGAUGGUGGAAAAGAAAAAUACAGAAGAUGAAAAGCGGAAGAUAUCCCUUCCGCAGCGUAACCCAUCCUCUUGCCGUCCCUAUUCUCAAAAUCGGCAAUUUAUAUUUUUAUGUCGACAGGGUUACAGGUUUUCGGAUGGGACGGGUUGAGAAAAAAGUCGGGUCAGAUUUCGAAUCGGGUUUGUGA